UUGCUCACAGGAGCGAGAGCUGCAGCUAUGCAGCAGGAGCUUUUGUUCAAAGUGCUGGUCAUUGGAGACCUGGGAGUGGGGAAAACGUCCAUCAUUAAGCGGUACGUGCAUCAGAUCUUCUCCCAGCACUACCGAGCCACCAUCGGGGUGGACUUCGCCCUGAAGGUGCUGCAGUGGGACAACGACACUGUGAUCCGGCUGCAGCUGUGGGACAUAGCAGGGCAGGAGCGCUAUGGGAACAUGACUCGUGUCUAUUAUCGGGAGGCGGUGGGAGCUCUGGUGGUGUUUGACGUGACGAGGGCCUCAACGUUCGAUGCCGUGUUGAAGUGGAAGGAUGACCUGGACUCCAAGGUGACCCUGAACCAUGGUAGGCCAGUUCCAGCGGUGCUCUUGGCCAAUAAGUCCGACCAGCUGGGCUCCCAGCAGCCCAAACUGGACUCCUUCUGCAGGGAGAACGGAUUCGUUGGCUGGUUUGAGACCUCUGCUAAGGAAAAUGCUAACAUCGAGGAGGCUGCGCGCUGCUUAGUGGAAAACAUACUAAACAACGAGGAGAGCCCGGUGGUGGAGCGAGAGCCUGCCUCCCUCAUCCUGUCUGGAUUCACCAACACCAACAAGGAUCCUCUCAACUGCUCAUCAUGUAUGAAGCAGUGACUCUUGACCAAUCACACGCAACCAGGAAAUAAUUUUGAAGUUGAAGUUUGUAAAAGAAAAUUGCAUUUGUUAUAGUGAUUAACGAAGAAAACAGGUAAAGGUUUGUACUGAUGUUCAUGGCCAUCAGGAUAUCUGAAGCAGAAAAAGAUUUAGAUUAAGUUAUUUUAAAAUGUUUACUUUCUUCACAUCUACUUGUUUUUAGUUCAAUAAGAAAACAUGUCUUGAUUUAUUAAAGGUUUUAGGAAGAUAGGCAUUAAAUGUGAAUGAACGAUUUUAAUGUCACAAUUAUGGAAAAAGUUUGUUUAUACCUCCUUUUUACCAAAGAAAUUGUACAGUAUUGUUUUCUCUAAGAGGUAUUCAAAUUACUCGUAUUAUUUUAUUUAAAUUAGUCUCAUGAGAAGCAAUCCAUUUCUGUACAUUCUAUGAUUUAAUCCAUAUAUUUGUCACUAUGUACACUUUUGUACCUGUGCUCCUUGUGCUUUCUUUGAACAUAUUUAACAUUGUUCCUUUGACAUACAGUAUAGGCAUUUUAGGAAAGUAUCUACUUUCUUGUGCCUGAUUUGUCCUAGCCAGUUAGUUUAGAUUAACGUAUAAAUGUAUAAAUAAAAAUGAAAGUGUGAAAUACAAAGUUCCACUACAAUUUAUAUGUGGUUGUGUAAGAAUAAAGCUCAACAAUAUAGAUUGCUUAGAAAACAGCAUUUAGCGUUAAAGGGGUCCUUUUAUGAUCAUUUUUAGCCUUUGCAGACCAUUUAAAUUCACAAAACCUUUUUUAAUACAUUACAGGAAAAGGAAAACCCUCAAAAGCAUAACUGUGCCCCUCUACUGUCAAAACACAAACCUGGGGCACGGCAAUAAGACGUAAGACUCUAUACAGAUUAGAGUUUGAAUACAGAGCUACCAAU